AUGAGAAGUCCGAAGAAGCCACACGCAACGCAAACAAGAAAAUCUCGUCGGAGAAGACUGGAUAUUCUAAAGCUGAGAACUGCCGAUUUGAUCCCCAGGCCGCCGGCGAUGUCAAACCUCGAGGACAUUCGCGACAGUUCCGGCGAAUUGGUUUACGGGCACGUUUCGAUGAUGGGGCGGCGGAGGGCGAUGGAGGAUGCGGUGACGGUUGCGCCGCCCGGGUGGUUCGCCGGAGAGUACUACUUUUUCGCGGUUUACGACGGGCACGGCGGAGCUAAGGUGGCGGAGAAGUGCGGUGAGACGAUGCACGAGUGCCUGGCGGCGCAUAUGGAGAAGGCGAGAAAGCUGCCGGAGGAACGGGGUUUUGAUUGGGAGAAGUUGAUGGUGGAUUGUUUCGGUGAUAUGGAUCAAGAGUUUUCGGAUGCCCGUAGCACCGGCCGGGAUGAGGUGGCGCACGGAGAGACUGAGCAGCUGUAUUGGAGGAUGGGAUCAACAGCGGUCGUCGUACUUGUGGGAAAGGCGGAGGUGGUGGUGGCUAACUGCGGGGACUCUAGGGCGGUGCUCUGUCGCGGCGGGGCGGUAGUUCCGGUGUCGACGGACCACAAGCCCGAUAGAGAAGAUGAGAAACAGAGGAUAGAAGCUGCCGGAGGAAGCGUCACAAAUCGGAACGGGUGGCGUGUCCAAGGAGUUCUUGCCACUUCAAGAUCCAUAGGUGAUUAUUAUUUGAAACCUUAUGUAACCUCAGUGCCCGAAGUGACCGUAGUAAACCGUUCGGAUUCCGACGAAUUUAUGAUAAUAGCAACCGACGGUUUGUUUGAUGUUAUAUGUAACGACGUUGCAUGCGAGCUUGUGAAGAAAUGUCUGGCCAGCGGCCAUAAUAGUAGACAGGCUGGUGCUUCUGUGGCAGCUACUUUGCUUGCUGAGCUGGCGAUCGCAAAGGGAAGCAAAGACAACGUUAGUGUCAUCGUUGUGCAACUUAAUUAAGUGAAAAUCGACUCCAAUGCUUUCUGGAAUUUUUACCCCUUUUUUGUGUGUGUUUACUUGAAUUAGUGUAAAAGGCAAUCAAUCUGGACUCUGGACUCUGUUUUUUCGGUUGUAGGUUUGUGAGUGUAUCGAGUCUCGUAGUAGUAUCUGCUAUGUGAAAUCAACUAUCGUUGUGUCGUAGCGUUCUUUUUUUUUUAUUAAAUAAUAAUUUUCGAAG